AUGGACGGGCGAAAUAUUAUGGAGUGCACAAACAUCAAUUGUUUGGCUACGAUUAGGUUCACUAAACUUCCAGCCGGCACUCUAAUCAAUCCUAGUGGAACGCCUGAACAGUUCAGUUGGUAUGAUCUUGAUCCAGGAGAAAUCUUUUACCCUAAUGCUAUCACAAUAAGGCGCUUAGAGGAAAGGAUUGGGUGGCCAGGAGCUGUCUCAAUGUCCAAUGUUUCUGAAGAACUAGAAGCACCAAAGUUGCCACAGAAGAAGUUCUAUCGACAACGUGCUCAUUCGAAUCCUCACUCCGAUCAUGACAUCGAAUAUCCAAGGACACCGGACGACAUGGACUGGGUGAAGUUGUAUGGUGAUCUGGCCCGUAGUAGGCAUGUCGAAUUCGCUGAUAUCGGAUGUGGCUAUGGUGGUCUUCUGAUGAAUUUAUCUCCGUUGUUUCCCGAGACUCUUAUUGUUGGGCUGGAAAUACGAGUAAAGGUUUCAGAUUUUGUUUGUGAGAAAAUAAAGGCUCUUAGACUGCGUUCUGCGGAAACGAAUGGCUAUCAGAACGUAGCAUGUCUGAGAUCGAAUGCCAUGAAAUAUUUACCUCACUACUUUCAUAAGCAUCAGCUGUCGAAAAUGUUCUUUUUGUAUCCGGAUCCACAUUUUAAGAAUAAGAAGCACAAGUGGCGGAUUAUUACACCGGGAUUGUUGGCCGAAUAUGCUUAUGUACUGCGGUCUGGGGGUUUGGUAUACACAAUUACUGAUGUGAAGGAGUUACAUGAGUGGAUGGUUCAGCAUUUUUGUGAGCAUCCACUCUUUGAGCGUGUUACAAAAAAGGAGGAGGAAUCUGACCCUAUUGUGCCGUUAUUGUUCGAGAGGUAUUUACUCCUACCGAAGAAGGACAGAAAGUUACUCGGAAUGAAGGCGAUAAAUACCCUGCGAUAUUUAGACGAAAACCGGACCCUAGUUGGUGAUUUGUGGUUUACUGACUCGCCUUCACCAGUGAGGAUGGACGAGGACGAGUACGAGACUCUACCUACUCAUAGUGUUGGGGUUCAUCUAAUGGCUGGUGCUUUAGCUGGUGCAGCAGAGCACUGCUUAUUGUUUCCAUUUGACAGUGUUAAGACGCGACUACAAAGCUUAUGUCCAUGUCCUGAGAUGAAAUGUCCCACGCCUGUUCACUCUCUAUGGAAUAUUGUGCGGAGAGAGGGAUGGUUGCGGCCAUUACGGGGUGUGAACGCUGUUGCAGUGGGAUCGCUACCAGCACACGCUCUGUAUUUCACUACAUACGAGAAGACGAAAAAAUUUCUCACUGGUAACACUGCGGGUCAUGCAAAUACGUUGUCUUAUGGUGUCGCUGGAACGUUGGCAACACUGGUGCAUGACGCAGUCAUGAAUCCUGUUGAGGUGGUUAAGCAGCGGAUGCAGAUGCAAUUCUCUCCAUAUGGUUCGUCCUUAGAGUGUGUCCGUUGUAUCUACAAACGUGAAGGGAUGGUUGCAUUCUAUAGGUCGUACACUACCCAACUUGUUAUGGCUGUUCCUUUCCAGUCCAUCCACUUCAUGACCUACGAAUUUUGGCAAGAAAUUCUAAAUCCUGAACAUAAAUAUGAUCCACGAUCUCAUUUAAUUGCUGGUGGAUUCGGCGGAGCACUUGCAGCGGCGUUGACAACACCGUUGGAUUGUGUAAAAACAGUGUUGAAUACUCAGCAAACUCCAGCUAUGGUUCAAGAAGACGUGAUUUUAAAGGUACUCAUUACAGCAGGAAGCUAUCGAAGUAUCUUUGAUGCUUGUAAAACUAUCUACUUACAACGGGGUCUUCUCGGAUUCAGUUGUGGAUUGCAAGCGCGCGUUAUGUUCCAGGUACAUGCAUUUUAG